AUGGCCGCCACUGCUUCGUCGGAAAGCACACACCGAGAUGUGGCGCCGUUGAAGAGACCUCGUGAGACGGCAGUGGCGGCGCCGUCCUCUUCAGCUCCGCCUGAGCCGGCGCUGGACGCGCCGGCGGCAAAGCGACUCCUCACUCGCCGCGCCGCCUCGGAGGACGACGAUGAUGAGCUCACGCUGCUGCUGGGCUCGCAGAAGGCGAGGCAGGUGCGGGAGACGGAUGCCACAAUGCAGGACGUGGCACGCGCGCAGCAGACUCCCUCGCCGCCGCUGUCGCCGUCGUGGCCCGGGCAUAGAGGUGGCGCCACCGUGGAAGCCUCCAGCGGUGCGUGUGCGGUGAGCAGCCUCCCCUGGCAGACGCCGUCCUCAGCAACGCGAGAGACCAUCGCACGUCACUUCCAACGCCAGUUCGAGUGGGAGCUGCACCACAGCACCGAGCUUUUCGACGCCUUCGAGCCCUUCUUCAAGGACCGUGCGCUGAACCGCAUCGCCGCCGACGAUGAGUUGCGGCCGGUGCUGCACGCCGCACUGCCCGUCAUUACGAGCGAGACGGUGGGGGCCCUGCCGGGGUGCACCCUGCGCUCCUAUCAGAUGGAGGGCGUCCAGUUUCUUCUGAGCCACUUCCAUCGCGGCAUGUCAGCGAUCCUCGGUGAUGACAUGGGCCUUGGCAAGACGGCGCAGGUGUCCGCCUUCUUGCACUCCCUGAAGCUGCUGCACAACAUCGACGGCCCACACCUCAUUGUGGCCCCUCUCUCCACCCUGACAAACUGGACCCGUGAACUGGCACGGUGGGCACCACAGCUGCGGGUGGUGAAGUACCACGGCGAGCGCCGCACCCGCGCCGCCACCAGCGCCGGCCGCCACAACCGCCACGCCGUGUUUGUGACGACGCCGGCGCUGCUUCACCUCGACAAGCGCGUCUUCCGCAAGCGGGCAUGGGUGACGGUUGUAGUGGAUGAGGCGCAUGUUCUCAAGGCACAUGACACGGCCAUCACGUCCGCGUCACGGAAACUCACGGCGUGCUACCGGGUGGCGGUGACGGGCACGCCGGUGCACAACAAUGUGCAGGAAGUGUGGAGCCUUAUGAGCUUUCUCUACCCCUGGCUCAUGGCGGCCUACGACCCAGGCGUGCGAGACCCGGUGCGUCAAGCAGAGGAGUGUGCCAAGGUGCUGCAGUAUAUCAUGCUGCGCCGCACCAAGGCAGACAUGGAGCUCGGCAUCCCGCCUCGCGUAGACGAGCCGCUGACGAAGCUGGUGCCGACCUACGUACAGCUACAAUUGCUCUCCCUGCUGACGGCACAUGCUCUGCAGGAGAGUAGCAGUGGCCAUCAGCUGCAUGGCCACCUCAGCCACCAGAGGGCUGUGUGCAACCACCCGCUGGCGCUGCGCCUGUUGGCGGACAAGGGGCGCACGAACGGGUCACAGGAGCCGAUCGAGAAGCGCAUGCGAGCCGCCGGAGUGCCCAUGGAUGCGGCGCACCUCAUAGACCCCAGCGCCAAGAUGCGCUAUCUCGACACACUGCUGCCGCAGCUGAAGGCACAAGGACAUCGAUGCCUGAUCUUCUCAAACUUCACAACAACACUGGAUCUGCUCGAGGCUGUGUGUCAGCUGCGCGGCCACAGCUACGAGCGACUGGACGGCAGCUGCAACCGCGUCGAACGGGAGCUGGCGAUGCUGCGCUACAAUCACCCCGCAUCCUCGUGCUUUCUUUUUUUGGUCACCACCACUGCAGGCGGCGUCGGCGUCACCCUCACCGGCGCUGACACCGUAAUUCUCUUCGACGCGCACUUCAACCCGCAGCUGGACCGGCAGGCAGCGGACCGGGCGCACCGCAUCGGUCAAACACGUGUCGUGCGUGUGUAUCGCUUGUGUCUGCAGGGCACCAUCGAGGAGCACAUCCGCGACAUUGCGGCUCGGAAGGCGUACCUUGGCGACUUCAUCGUCGAAGGAGGCCAGCGUCACGGUGCGCGUGGGCGUGGCCGCUUUACAACCAACGACGACGCCGACACCCCACGCAUAACCGCUGACGACAUUCGUGAAGUGCUUCACCGGUUCGAAGAAAAGCACCGCGCGAAGCAGCAGGCGGACGGAUCGCCUAUUUCUUCUUCGACUCUUCUGCGCUCCUCCGACGAGGCGGAUGGCAGCAGCAGUAGCGGUAGCGGUAGCCUAUCCGCGGAAGACGCUAUGGUGAAGGACCUGCUGCAUGUGGAAGCGAACAGGCUGCGCGGUUCUGCGGCGGCUGCGGUAAUGCGCGGCGGUGGCGGCGGUGGCGGCGCACUGGCCUCACCGCCCAAGCAGACGCACCGCUGCUUCUGUUGUGGGGAUGUCAUGCAUCCCAUGGAGCCGCUACUGCACUGCACGGCGUGCCCCAAGGCUUACCACGCCGCCUGUAUCGGCAAGCGGCCGCCGAGGUCGGGAGAGGCGGUGAAGCGCCUCUGGUCGUGCCCGCGGCAUGAGUGCUUUUCGUGUGGCAAGCAGCAGGCCGCCGACGGCGCCAUCUUCAUGUGUGACACGUGCCCUCGCUCCUUCUGCUUUGAUUGCCUAGACCCGCGCUACCUGGAGAUGGACGCGUCCGGGGCCCGACUGCUGCACAUCCGCGACACCUACGCUGGAAUGGAAGAAGAGGAGGUGAAACCAAAGCGGUCGUGCUACUACGUGACGUGCUUGCGGUGUUGUGGACUGCUCUCCUCCUCGUCGAGCUCUGCUGCGGACGACACGGACGAAACUGAUGAUGAUAAUGACGAUGCUGGUGGCUACAACACGGCUGCCGUGGUGGACAGCGAUGGUUUGGAAAUUGCUGACGACGACAGUGAUGUCAGUGUAGAGGACGACGGCAACUGUCGGAAUAACCUUGGGCCCCUCUCACUAAUGGAGGGAGAGAGCAGAUGUGGCAGACAGCCAGAGGAGGAGGAUGAGUAG